AUGCCUGCCGCUUGUUCAUCAGAUGGCCAUCUGAUGAACGUUUUGGAGCGUCCACAAGCGUGUGGCUGUACUACGAGUAAGCGCGAUGGCCUCAUUUGUGGUACGGUCGUUAGUACGACUGCACAAAACCUUAGUGUAACAAACGGUUACACUUUGGAGCAAAGUUCCGGCGGCUGUGAGGAAACACAGGCUGCGCCGAAGGUCCACCACUCGAAUAAGUCGAGUGGACCGGGACAAAGAUGUGUCCCUAGCGGGGAACAUCUAGAAGAGAAACAAUCGAUCGCUCAGGUUAAGCGGAACGAUAACCCUAGAUCGACUGGAGAGUCUUUCGAAGAGGAUCUCGCUGUGGUUGCGCAACCACAGCUAGAGGAAGUAAAGGGAGUAAGUCCCGAUAUUACAAACACGGCGGAAGUAAGUUCCCCGAAACCCGAGGGAAUAAGUCCCCGGGAAGCCGAAGGAAUAAGUCCUUCGAGGCCUGAGGGAAUAAGUCCCCAGGAAAUGACAGAGACAUUGAAUGUCAUAGUCAAUAACGGACCAUGUGUAGGCGCUUAUACACUUGAUCUGAUUGCGCCUCCGAAGUUGACUUCGGAGAUCACUCAGUUGCCAACACUCGAACACAAAAGGCUCUUGCGUGAUCUGCGUAGUGGCAAAGUCAUGCAGAUCUGCGUACUCAUCGCUGACGACGAGUGUGUAGCCGACAUAAGGUCAGCAACAGUGUUUACUGAGAACGAGAGAGUUCUCAGUAGUUCAUCUAUGGACGAGAGUGUCCUAGAUGAAAAGACACGAAUUGAGCGAUAUGACUCCCAAUCGUGGGAAUUGCUCAAGACAAAUCCUAUCUAUGAAGAUUUGGUUGAAUUCAAGGAUGUAUUCCCUGAAACUGUUCCGUGCGAAUUACCGAAGGAUAAAGGUAUUCGACACGAGGUCGAGCUUAAACCAGGCUCGAAGUACUGUGUCAUGAAGCAGUGGCCACUGCCUCGUGAACAAGUACUUGCGAUCGACAAGUUCUUUGCCGAUCGUUUAGCAGCGGGCCAUGUGAGGGAAUCAACUUCCCCACAUAGCUCUCCGACCUUCUGUGUGCAGAAAGCAACAGGAGGGUGGCGGAUAGUGCACGCGUUCAACAAAUUGAACGCUGCAACGGUACCGGCUCAGACGCCGAUACCGAGGAAGGACGUAAUCAUUGAUGGUAUGUCAAAGAGUACCAUCUUUUCGUCCAUGGAUUUGAUGGAUGGCUUCUAUCAAAUCCUGAUGCGGGAACGGGAUAUAUCCUAUACCGCAGUGAGCACGCCCAGCGGCAUGCUCUGGGAAUGGCUAGUAAUGCCACAAGGGCUCAGUAAUGCCCCUGCCACGUUCAACAGAUGUGUAUCACAUCUGUUGAGGCCAGUACGAGAAUUCGCGCCGAGUUAUUUCGAUGACGUAUUCAUCCAUAGUCGAGCUAUGGAUGGAAAGUCGGACGUUGAGGUUCACAGGUACCACGUCCGACAAGUUCUUACAAUCAUGCGAAAGCAUCAAUUGUAUGCUAACCUCAAGAAGUGUAUAUUUGCAGCAAGCGAAAUACCACUUCUUGGGUGCAUCGUUGGUAAGAACGGUGUACGUCCUGAUCCCGAAAAGAUCAAGGCGAUCACCGACUGGCCUGUGCCGGUCGAUGUCAAAGGUCUUCGAAAAUUCCUUGGGCUAGCGGCGUAUUUGCAUAAGUAUUCACGCAAUUACGCCGAGAUGACUGUGCACCUCUCUCGUUUGUUGAAAAAGAACGAGAGGUGGUUAUGGGACGCUGAAUGUCAGCGCUCCUUUGAGGGUAUCAAGCAGAGUUUGAUACAAUCCCCAGUCCUAGCAAUAGCCGAUCAGGACAGGCCAUUUCAUGUGGUCUGUGAUGCCAGCGAUUUCGCAAUUGGCUGUGCAUUAAUGCAGUACGAUCUUGAAGGCGUUGAACGCGUCGUCUGCUAUCAGUCGCGUCAGCUGCAACCAGCUGAGCGGAACUAUCCAGUGCAUGGCAAGGAACCCCUUGCCAUGAAGUAUGCACUCGCGAAGUUCAGAGUCUAUCUAUUAGGAGAUAGACCCUUCAUUGUUUACACUGACCAUGCGUCAUCACGCACGGCAGUAAACAGCCCGCACCUUUCACAACGAAUGGCGCGGUGGUUGUCAUUCUUUGCAGAAUACAACUUUACGGUCGAGUACAAACCAGGACGACUUAAUGUCGUCGCUGAUGCACUCUCACGUCGUCCCGACUUUGAACCAGUCGUGAAACCCUAA